AUGACGAGUGUCAUGGCAGCACUGUGUGUGAACAUGCUGAGAACCAACAUGUUACUGAGUAUCUUCAUUCUUUCAAGCGCCUUGGCUGCUUGUCCUGAGGAUUCAGCUUUACUCGUCACUACACCAGAGCAGAUGGAAGCACUGAGUGGAUCUUGUCUCCAAAUCCCAUGUAACUUUAAAGCUAAACCAGAAAAGGCUUUUAAUGGGAGAAGAGCAGUUGUUGGAGUGUGGAUUAAAAGUGACAGUAGACUUUUAAUAGAUCCAAAAAAUGUGAUCUUCAACAGUAGUGGAGCAGUUAGCAUCUAUCCAAUGAGUAUUACUGGGAACCUGAGUCAGAGAGACUGCACCACUCUGUUUUCUGAUUUAUCCACCAAGUACACAGACACAUACUUCUUCAGAGUAGAGAGUGACGCAUUCAAGGCCACAGCUUACUGUGAUCGUCUUCAAAUUACAGUUAGAGAUUCUCCUUGGAGGCCCAAUAUUACAAUCUCAGGUGAUCUGAAGGAGAAGGAGUCUGUCACUAUAACCUGCUCAGCUCUCACUCCCUGUCCACACUCCCCUCCUCAACUCACCUGGAAUCUCCAACAAGACUCUCACAACAAAAUAGAGGAAAACACAGAUGGAAGCUUUACAACUAAAAUCCAGCAGAACAUCACUCUGUCAGACACACAUGAUGGAAAGAAGAUCAGCUGCUCUGCCAGAUAUCCUGUGAACCAAGGAAAAGACACCAAGUCAGCAGAGACAGAAGAGACUCUCAGUGUUUCAUACCCUCCCAGGCUGAUCAGUCCCACUGGUCCUGUAUCAGUGGGCAGCAUGGUGACUCUAACCUGUUCCUGCCAGGCAAACCCUCCUGUUGACAGCUAUGUCUGGUUCAUGACCAGUGGUGACAAACUGGAGAUGAUCAGAGCUGACACAAAGGUUUACAGCUUUGAGGUGACCAAACUCGAUCGAGACAGAUUGUUUUACUGCGGCUGCGGGAAUCAUCUGGACAUCCAGAUAUCAGCAGGCAGUCAGCUGCUGUUUGAAGGUGAUGAACACUGGGGGAAAAUGGCUGUAAUGAAGACUGUGGGAAUCAUAAUACUUGUCAGCACACUGGUCAUCUUUGAGUGCUGGUUUAGAUCGAGACGAACAGGCGUGGCCGCAGUUCUCGGGGUGUUCAGCUUGUGGUGUUUGGCAUCGUCUACUACUACUAAGAUCGCUCGUCUGUUUACUCCGUUCAGCCCCCUGGAGAACAGCGCCAGGCAUGGAUUCCUGACUUCGGACCUUCACACCGGUGCUUCAUCUGCUUACCUGGAUUUCUCCUCAUCACCUUCCUGCACCUUUCCGAAACGUCCAGCCACCUGCCCGCCUGCUCCCAUUAAUCUAACGUUACUGUUUCAGUCAGGCUACAUGAUUCACUGUAACUGUGCUAAAACUCCCUCAUUUCUCUGUGAAAUCACUCGUUCACUUGGGAAGAAGUUUGUGAACAUGGUGACAGUCGGCAUGUUAUCGGUUCUCCUCUUUGUUUCAGCUGCUUUGGCUGAUUGUCCUAAGAAAGCAGACCUCAUCAUAACUGCACCAAAGAAGCUGGAAGCACUGAGUGGAUCUUGUUUACAAAUCCCAUGUAGCUUCAGACCCAGAGAAGGACUGGCAUUUAUCAGCACAAGAAAAACGUUUGGAGUGUGGAUUAAAAAUGAUUCCAAAUUUGACAAAAAUCCAAAUAAUGUGAUCUUCAACAGUAGUGGAGCAGUUAGCAUCUAUCCAAUGAGUAUUACUGGGAACCUGAGUCAGAGGAACUGCACCACUCUGUUUUCUAAUUUAACCACCACAUACACAGACACAUACUUCUUCAGAAUAGAGAGUGAAACAUUCAAGGCGACAGCUUCUUGUGAUCCUCUUCAAAUAACAGUCAGAGAUUCUCCUUGGAGGCUCAAUAUUACAAUCCCAGGUGAUCUGAAGGAGAAGGAGUCUGUCACUAUAACCUGCUCAGCUCUCACUCCCUGUCCACACUCCCCUCCUCAACUCACCUGGAAUCUCCAACAAGACUCUCACAACAAAAUAGAGAAAAACACAGAUGGAAGCUUUACAACUAAAAUCCAGCAGACCAUCACUCUGUCAGACACACAUGAUGGAAAGAAGAUCAGCUGUUCUGCCAGAUAUCCUGUGAACCAAGGAAAAGACACCAAGACAGCAGAGACAGAAGAGACUCUCAGUGUUUCAUUUGCUCCCAAAAACACCUCAGCAUCCAUCAGUCCAUCAGGUUUGGUGUCAGCAGGCAGCUGGGUGAAGCUGACCUGCUCCAGCAGAGCCAAACCUCCAGUCAGCAGCUUCACCUGGUUCAAGAAGAGCAGAGAUGGAGCUGUGAAAGUAUCUGAAGGAGAGAUUUACAGCUUCAAUGUAACAGAUGGAGGAGUUUAUUACUGUGUGGCCACUAAUGAUCUGGGUAUUCAGACAUCAGCAGAGAUUCAUCUUAAUAUUUCAGGAGUUGAUACGUGGUGGGCUGCUGUUGGAGGGAUCAUUGGGAUCAUAACACUCAUUUGUUUGGUUUUCAUCCUUUGGCGGCUGAAGUCAGUCAAACAUGGAGCUUCCGAUCAGACACAGAGUCUGUCUCUCCAAGAAGCAGCCAGAACAGCAGAAAACGAAGACAUCCAUUAUGGACAGAUUGACUUCUCCAAGCAGAGACCCGGACCUUCUUUAGACCGAUUGCAGGAGAGCACACAGGAGCAGGAUUUGGUGUAUUCACAGGUCAAAGUGUGCAAGACUCAAAGCAGAGACAGGCCAUCACAGACAGCUGAUGGCCCAGAGUGUAUCUAUGCUCAAGUCCUGAAGAAAUGAGUGUGGGAGUGUCUGUUGUUGAAAAAUACUCUCUUCUAAUUCAUUACAAAGAACCCGUUCAGGAUGUUCAUGUCUGAUGAAUAUAUAGUUGUAGAAUAGCGCUUUCAUACAAUAUUUCUUUUAAAAAGGUACUUUUGAAGUGAAGUUUGAUUAGCUGUUUAU